AUGCUUCCCAAAUCAGCAGUACAGUACACCACGGCCGGCCGACAGGUCCCUCUCUUUUACAGAGUCUUCUUCCUCGCCAUCGAGCCCAUCUCUGCUCUCGUCGGCGCCUUCUUCGCCCAUUUCCGGCAGGACGAAUACCUCACACUCACCCACGCCAUAUCGAAGCCCGACGUCAUUCCUCAGGGUACCACGAUCGUGCUCUCCCAGCUCGCGAACCUCUACCUCCUCUUUGCCCUCAACGAAGCCCUCGUCCUCCGCUCCACGAAUGACAUCCGGGUCUGGAAGACUGUCCUAUUCGUCCUUCUGGUCGCGGACCUUGGGCACCUGUACACCGUCCGAAGUCUAGGCCCCGAGGUCUACUACAACUUCACCAAGUGGAACGCCAUCGACUGGGGCAACGUGCCUUUUGUCUACCUCGGUGCCUCCAUGCGCACCGCGUUUCUGGCCAAUGUUGGGCUUAGCGUCAUCAAAUUCACGAUGGCCAACAUCCCCGAGAAGUUCACCGGCUUCCAGGUCAACAGCGCCGAGACCUGGCAAGACUUCAAGAAGCAGCAGUUCGACCCUAAGCCCUUCGGAGACUACGACGUCGAUAUCAAGAUUGAGUGCUGCGGUGUCUGCGCCAGUGAUGUUCAUACCGUCAAGGGUGACUGGGGUGCUCAGCCCUACCCUCUGGCCGUCGGCCACGAAAUCGUCGGCAAGGCUCUGAGAGUCGGCCCCAAGGUCACCAAGAUCAAGGCCGGUGAGCGUGUCGGUGUCGGCGCCCAGUCCUACGCCUGCCUCGACUGCCGCCAAUGCAAGAACGACAACGAGACAUACUGCAAGGAGCAGCUCGACACCUACGGAUCUACCUUCCCUGACUCCGGCGCCAUCUCACAGGGUGGCUACUCCUCCCACGUCCGCACCCACGAGCACUGGGUCUUCCCCAUCCCCGAAGCCCUCCCGAGCACCCUCGCCGCGCCCAUGCUUUGCGCCGGUUUGACCGCCUACAGCCCUCUCAUCCGCAACGGUUGCGGUCCGGGCAAGAAGGUCGGCAUCGUGGGUAUUGGUGGCAUUGGCCACUUCGGUGUCAUGUUCGCCAAGGCCCUCGGCGCCGAGGUCUGGGCCAUCUCCCGCUCCCGCUCAAAGGAGGCCGACUCCCUCAAGAUGGGCGCCGACGGGUACCUCGCCUCCGGCGAGAAGGGCUGGAACGAGCCUCACAAGAUGACGUUCGACCUCAUCCUCAACACGGCCAACUCCUUUGAGGGCUUCGACCUCUCUGCCUACCUCAGCCUUCUCGACGUCCACGGCAAGUGGGUUUCCGUCGGUCUUCCGGGAGGCGGCGGCAUCACCGUCCGCAACCAGGACUUCCUGCCCAACGGCUGCUUCAUUGGUAGCUCGCACUUGGGCAGCAGACGCGAGACGCUGGAGAUGUUGCAGCUGGCUGCGGACAAGGGCAUCAAGACGUGGGUGCAGGAGGUUCCCAUCAGCGCGGACGGUCUGAGGAAGGCUAUGAACGGUAUCGAGGACUCCAGUGUCCGUUACAGGUAUUGCCUGACCAACUACGAGGAGGCGUUUGGCCAGUAG